AUGGCGCAAGCGUAUCCAGAUGAAGCGCGAGCCAUGCGCCACCAUACAAGACAGCAUGCGCCUCGGCAUAGACGAGUCAGGCGCUCUCGGCAUUAUUCGCAGGAAAAAGCUGAUCAGCAUCCACUAGAAACACAGCACCGAGCGGAAAGCCGGCGUCGUUCCGGCUAUGUGACGCCGCCCCUAAGCUUGUCGCAACGCGCUAAUGCGACUCCUAAGACGUCAUCAGUCGGUCAUGGAGGCCACCGAGAUGUCCUAGUGGCUGGUCACUCUGGAAAGAUGCAUAGCGGACCCUCGUCUCGACCGGCGCCGCGGCGUCGUCCAAGAAAACGCGAGGGUGUCAAGGAUGACUUGGCAACGGACGUGGCCCAUCCACCGCGCCAGCGCUCACGAAAGCACGGACAACCAAGGCACCGGAGUGUUCGUGGUACGGACUCAGCGAUUGUAUCAUCGAGGCGAACGGCAGGUCUCCUUGAAGGCAGUGGAACCUCGGUGAUGGAUGCGCGCUCGAUGCAUACGGCCUACAGUAGUCUUCCACCGAACCGGAAUGAAGACGCAGAUGACGCUAUGCUAGCUGCAAUGGAGCAGCCGCGGACGAAUCGCACAAGGAACCUCGCUAGCGUGCCACAGAAUCAAGUCAAUACCAUGAAAGAAGGUCGUGUUUUCCCCAUGAAUGGCAUUGAUAAUCUGACUCUUCUCAUGGAGGAGGACGCGUAUCAUCCUGCCUGUUUUUCUAUGUACCUAUUCAAAUCCACCUUGGACUACAGAACUGUGCGUGACUUUUUCGAGGUGCUUGUGCAAUUGUAUCCUAAGUAUCGGUAUGUGGUCGACUUUCAGCCAUACUCAGCACAUAUUCGUGACAAGAAACGACGCGCCAAGUCCGAGGAAGAGCGCGAGAAGAUCCAUCGUGAACGCAACGAGGCCCUCAAGCAAGGAAAGCUCCCCCCUAAUCAUGGCCCACGCACGAGAUAUUCGCGCACGAUGAGAGCAGGCUCCUGGCUUAGGCCAGCUCAGUGGCGGAUCGAUGAAGAUUUCCAUAUCUCGGAAAAUAUUGAAGUGAUUUCAUGUGCGGAUCGGGGCUCAGACGACCAUCUUUUCAAAAUCGCCGGACGGUUCCUUGCGCGGCCCUUUGACUAUAACAAACCAGUGUGGGAGGCACUCCUUGUCCAAGGACUCGACACGUUGAAUGGUGGCAAGAGCGCACUGAUGAUUAAAAUUCACCACUGUUUUUCAGAUGGACAGGGUAUGAUUCAGUCGUACCACGCAGCGUUGACGGCCAUGUCCAAAGGCAUGGGCAUCAAAGAGGUACAGCAAUGGGUAGAUAUUGCCAAGAAGAAGAAGAGCGGCAGGAAAGACGUCACACCGACCGUGCUGGGCACCAUGUCUCACAUCUCCUACACAGUGCGUGAAUUGUACAUGCGAAAACGCAAAUCGUUUCUGUACCGCAACCCAAGUCAGCCGCGCUCGACACAGCGUCUGUACUAUCACUCAGACGGAGUGCCGAUGGAUGCAUUCAAGCGUAUUCGUCAAGCUUUCAAUUCAGAAUUUAUGGCACUCACGCUCAAUGAUGUGGCAAUUGCGAUUUUGGCGCGAGCCAUGGCCCAGGCAGCGGAGCAACUCAACCCUCGAAACACCAAGCAAGAUCGUCGUGCUGCCGUAUUUGUACCUAUUAGUUUGCGUCCUGAAGGUAAUUGGGACCUGUUCAACUUUACGACAGGUGCCAUGGCCUGGCUUCCUUACCCUGACUUGAAAAACACGACGGUCGUCGAACAAUUGUCUCGUGUACACAAGGAAAUGCAUCGACUGAAAAGAUCGUACCUGCCCAAGAUGUGGUAUAAAACUUUUUAUCACUGGUGUAAGCAUCGCAUCUUGUUUCUGCCCAACUACCCCGUGUUCCGACAAUUCUUCUACCGCGCCUUUAGUGAGUACCAUGUGGCAACCAAUGUGCCUGGGCCUACGGAGCCUGUGAAAUUCGGAAAGCACGAGGCAUAUAGCUACCAUGUGCUCCCUCCCAGCUCGCCAGGUAAAGCCACUAUGGCUAUCGGCAUGAUCAGCUACGCUUCAGACUUUUCUCUUGCCGUCUCAUGCGACGAUGUUCCCGAGUUUAAGGAGGUCCCGCGCGUGCUUUGCGAAGCAUUCCAAGACGCUGCGCAAGCAUUGAUCGAGGCAGCCGAUAAACACCUCGCUUCACAAAGACAGCAAACACAUAAAUAG